AUGUUUCGUCGCAAGCCAAACAAGCCGGAGGCGAAGAAGAAGAGGGCCUGGGAGGUAGAUGUGGAGGCCGACGACAAAGAUGAGGGGGAUGACACUACCCCAAGCGAGGCGUUUUUGUCGUUACAGAGGGAACUAGAGGAGAAGGAGAAGAUCCAGCAGGAGAACGCAGAGAGGGCGAAGAACCAGGACGCUCUUGCUGCAGAGGCGGCGAACAGCCUGCGGAGAAAGGAAGAAGUUCGGAAGGCGAACACCAAGAACCCGAGAGUGUUCCUCGACAUCGAGAUAGCAGAUACUACGGGCGCGAAGAGCCGGUUGGCCAAGGGGAAGAACGCCGGGCGCGUAACCCUGGAGCUCUUCGAGAACGCAGUGCCGCGGACGGCCGAGAACUUCCGUGCCCUGUGCACCGGAGAAAAGGUGGGCCGAGAGCGAGAGAGCGACACAUGGUGCGGUGCAACAUCGAGAACCGAAGUAAAACCCCCUGAUCUCAACUUGACGGCUUACCCCCCUUGCCCUCGUUGUUCGUGCGGUGGAGAGUCCAUCUACGGGCCAACGUUCGUGGACGAAAGCUUUCAACUUAAGCACGACCAGCCGGGUCUGCUCUCCAUGGCUAAUUCAGGUCGAGACAGCAACAACUCUCAAUUCUUCAUCACCUUCGGACCGCUUCCUUGGCUGGACUCAAAGCACGUCGUGUUUGGCAAGGUUGUCGAGGGCAUGGAAGUGGUGCGAAAGAUCGAAGACUGCGGCACAACUUCAGGAGAGCCGACCAAGAGGGUUCAGAUAGCCGAAUGCGGGCAGAUUCCGGACGAGGAAAAGGACAAGGAGGAGAGAAGCGCUAGCGACGAAGAGGAGGAGGAGGAGGAGGAGGAGGAGGAGGAGGCUUCAGGUGGGAAGAAGAGGCCUAGGGUAAGGUUUGCCAAGAGCGAUGACGCAGGCGGCGAUGGCAAUGGUGCUUCGAAGGGGGGCGAGGAACCGAAAAAGAGCAGGCGCGGCGAUCGGGACGGGGAUGGGGAGGGCUAG